AACGUAUCAAAAGGACAGCCACACAAAACAAUGGAGUACCAAUCCUUCUUCCUCGUACUAUCUUGUCUUUUACCAUUGAUCAUCUACGCCUUCAUUAUUUCCGGCCGGCGCAACUCCCGGUUACCUCCGGGACCAAAAGGUUUUCCUAUCAUUGGAAACCUCCUAGAAUUCGGUGACAAACCCCACCAAUCACUUGCCAUACUAUCUAAACGUUAUGGUCCUUUAAUGUCACUUAAGCUCGGAAGCAAUACAACCAUAGUCAUUUCAUCUCCUGAUAUCACCAAAGAGUUCUUUAACACACAUGAUGUAGCCUUCUUAAAUCGAUCAGCUCCUAAGGCUAUCCAACUUGGAGACUAUCAUAAAUACUCUAUAGUUUGGAUGGAGGCCGGAGAUCAAUGGAGAAAAUUGAGAAGAAUGACUAAAGAAUAUUUGUUUUGUGUGCAACAGCUAGAUGCUAGUGAACUCCUACGACGAGAGAAGGUACAAGAUCUUGUCAACCAUGUUAACCAAUGUUGUAUAGAUGAAAAGGCUCUGAACGUAGGUGCAUGUGCAUUCACAACAGUUCUUAACAUCCUUUCCAACUUCAUGUUUUCUAUGGAUCUUGCUCAAUAUGAUCCAAAAUCAACACGAGAAUUCCAUGGCUUGGUAUUGCAAGUGAUGCAAGUUGGCGCAAAGCCAGGUCUACCAGACCUUUUUCCGAUGCUUCACUCGUUGGAUCCACUAGAGUUAAUAUGGCAGGAAAAUGCUUAUGCCAAGAAAAUGCUAACUAUUUUCGAUAAGAUCAUCAAUGACAGGUUGCAAAGUAGAUCAAAUGGUGUUUCAACCAAAGACGAUGAUGUUUUAGACUUACUACUAAACCAACAAUCCAGUUUUACUCAAAAUGAUAUGAGACACUUAUUUCAAACACUAUUUGUGGCGGGAACGGACACCACGUCAAGCACGUUGGAAUGGGCGAUGUCGGAGCUGAUUCGUAACCCAGAGAAAAUGAAAAUAGCGAGGUUGGAGGUCGAUAAAGUCAUGCAAAACAACAACAAUGGAAGCAUACAAGAAUCUGAUAUCUCUCAACUCACGUACCUACAAGCUGUAAAUAAAGGAAACUCUAAGACUACAUCCUCCUGCCCCUUUUCUUAUCCCUCGCCAAGCCAUACAUGA